CUUCGUGCUUUUAACGUGACAAUGGUUACGUGGCCGGAAAGUGUCAAACAUGGCAACAUAAACGUCGUCCACCAUUGGAUUUAAAGCGGGAAAGGAACGUUUAGCGAAGUAGUGCCCUAAAAAGUUUACUACAGUUCUCUUAACUUUAGUAAAACCGCUUGCCAAUGUAUAGUUUGUGUUAACAAACGUGCUAACACAGCUCUCGUGCCGUUUAGUAAUGUUAGCUUACGAAAUAAUAAAACGUACAUUAAAAAAAGCAGCUAACCGACAAAGCUGUCUGUCCGUUGGGGAAACGAGACCCUAACAGUAACUACACGGGGACAGACAAGGACUUCCUGGGGCAUGUUGACUCAUGUUGACACAUUAUUUUCUCAAUCAAAGAGAAUAAAAUGAAGCCAAAACGCACCCAGAGGCAUACAGGACCGAAUUGGCAAGGGAAAGGCGUCAUUGCAGGUGACAAGGCAACACUGAGCCAAGCUAAGCCGACAUCGCGUGUGUCUUUUCCUGCUCAAGUCAAACCUUUUGCUGGGAAAGUGUUUUACUUGGAUCUGCCAUCAAACAGAAUAGCAGAGACAUUGGAGAGUGACAUCAAAGAACUGGGAGGGACUGUUGAGAAGUUCUUCAGUAAGGAAAUUAAGUAUCUUGUAUCCAACAAGAGGGAGGCUAGAUAUGUGCAGUGCCUCCGGCAGGACUCUCCUGUCCCCAGCCCGGACUCUGGACAGAGUUCACCUCACCCUUGCUCAAAGCUGCACCGGCCUGGCAGCCAUGGGGACAACAUCAAAAGCAGAUCUCCGGGCCAAACAGAUGCAUUUGUUACAAGUCGAGGAAAGUCUUUGGUGGAGAGAGUGGUGAAAGAGCAGGAGAGGGUACAAAUAAAUAAGAUCCUGUCAAAUGCUCUGGAGUGGGGUGUGAAAAUCCUCUACAUAGAUGAUAUAAUGGCAUAUGUUCAGAAGAAAAAAAAGAUCAUCAGCAGCCAGUGUCCUGCUGCCACUGCUGUCAAAACAAGUGUCAAAGCUGAGUCAGUAUCAAAGCAAGGCUUUCAGAAAUGCAAAGGGGGGCGGAUCAGUAAGCCAUUUGUCAAGGUUGAGGAUUCAAGCAGACACUACCGUCCAAUCUCCCUCACUAUGCCAAACAUGCCUGAGUUCAACCUGAAGACUGUUCCUCCCUGUAGUCCCUUCUGUGUCGAGGACAAGGAUCCUCCUAGGAACAAACAACACGGACAAAGAGGUGCGAAAGCCUCAGCCAGUGAAGAGAGAGCACACGGCCGAAAGAAGAACAGAGACAAGAAACGAGGCGGCUACUGCGAGUGCUGUAUGAUCAAAUAUGAGAACGUCACAACGCAUCUACAGAGUGAACGUCACAAGGCUUUCUCCAAGAGCGACGAAUACUUGGUGGUAGACAAACUGGUUUCAACCCUGCACUGCAACUUCAUCCACAUCAGACCUCAAGUUAAAAGACCAAAGUGUAGUGUUUCCUCUGUUCUGAUUGCUCCUGGACCAUGUGGGAAAACUGAGCUAAGGCACAAGGGAGAUCUCGAUACCAUAGAGAUUAUAAAAGAAGAGCAGCACCGGACUGUCGAUGGGCAUGAGGGAUCUUAUUCAGGACACACUUUAAAUAUCGGAUCAGUUCCUUGUUCUGCUCCUCUGAUUCACAGAGAGAGGGACAGGAAGAGCUAUUACACUCACUCAGACAGAUCCAAGCACAAAUCUCUUGCACUUAAACGGCCUUGCAGACAGAAUUCCUUGACUUCUAUCACUCAAAAAGCUGCGCAGGCUCAAGUUCCUCAGCCCAAGAUGGAAACAGCUCCCUCUACAGAUGAAUGUCUUGCCUCUAUUCCCUCCAUAUACACUCGGGUCGACCUGGUGGACCAAAUAAUAGCUCAAGACAUGAACAGCUCAACCUCUCACUUCCAUAAUACGAAUGUACAGAAUGAAGUUUCCUCAAAAAGCCUUAAUGUACUAACAAAUCAACAAGAGACGCCUGAUAAGGAUUCUGGACCGGAUUCCUCAGUGUUUGAGGCUGUUCAGGACGGAAACAUUUUGCCCGACAAAAUUACUGGAAACAACCUCUCAGAAAAGGAAGAAGCAAUCCUUCCUACACAAAGCUUCUCUCCAGUCCGAAAAAUACAGAGGAGGAUCCGAGUUUAUAAACGCAAAAGACGGAAAGUGGACACACAUAUUGAACAUGUAAAGCCAAGUGGCAUUCCUGACAACUCCACACUGACACUUUGGGAGCUUUUUCAGUCAAGUGAUGACAUGGACGUGGAAUUUCUGGGGUUUGAGGACUACAAAGGAAAAACAUGAACUGAAGGGAUAAACUGGACUAUUAUUGCCUUUUCCAAUACCAGAACCAUAACACAUUCUGUGCCAUGGACAAUGCAAGCCACUAGACUUUUCUUUUCUUAAGAAACAUCCGUUUAAAGACAGCUAAAUGAUCUACACUGGCUUAUUUUGUUUCAGGGGUGAAAAAAUGCCUAAUUCUUUUGUUAUUUUCUUUUAUAUCAGAUGAAAGGCACAUGCAUUGUAUAAGAUACAAAACUUGAAAGGUAAACCAGUAUACAAUGACAUUUAUAAUUCUCUUUAUUGUGGCUUUAAAAUGCCGUUUUUGCACAUUUUCUUGUGAAAAAAUGGUAGAAAAUACAUUUAUUUGGCAUUUAGAUUCUAAACUCAACACAGUGUUGAGGUGGACUGGAAAUUGAAGAAAUGUAUUCUAAACUAUAAUAUUUGCUUGACAUCUUGAUAUUGAGUUGCAGCCCUUUUAGUACAAUCCACUUCUUAGUUGUCUCAAGACUUAAAUAUUUCUAUAACUCAGCUUGUCUAUAUCUAAAUCUCUUGUGAUGGGUAUACAUUUAGUAAGGGAAAUCAAUAAUUGCUUUUACCUGAAUUCAGCUGCUGUAAUUUACAUCAGAAAUAGGAAAAAAUGCAGAGCAAGUUUAGCCUCUAAACUUUAUCUCACAGCAAUGUAUGCAUGCUAGUUUUAUGUGGAGAAAGUUCUUCAAGACACCAUGAACUGGAAUAAAAUGUCACGUAAAGAUGACACUGUUUAGCAGAAGAAAACACCCAACACUUUAAAGUCCCAUCACAAAGUAUUAAAGGGACCUUAUUUAAGACAGAAAAAUGUGUAUUUUUAAACAAUUUCACCAGUUUGAUACAUAUUAUUACCACUUGAAAAUCUAUGAAAUAUUACUGUGUGAAUGAAUGUUUACAGAAGUGUUUAUUUAAGAGUUUACAGUCUCUGCAUGCAGUCUUUCCCACAGAAUACAGACUGUUCAUUUACAGGAGCAUCACAUCGAGAAAAAGGCAGCUUUAGUCACAAUAUUUUACACAGUAAUCUGGAGAAAGAUGACUUGACUCUUUCCAGACUGAUUGUAUAUGUGUAUAAAAUACAUAUAGUGAUUGCAAAUGUAUUUUAAUGUGAAUGACCUGCAGGUUGGAUGUGUGGUACUUGACAUUAUACAUGACAUUUUAGGAUUCUUCCUAAGUGCACUUU